AUGACCACCCAAGGCCCGUCUUCCCUCCCGCCGACAAUCGUGCACAGCACGAAGACAAUCAGCCAAUCCGCCGCCCACGACUUUCUGGCCGCCUAUCUGGACCGUGCCGCCAAUGACCCAGCUCUGCAACCAAAUGCCAGCAUCAGCGAGCACGGCCCGGUCUCGCGGACGACCGCCGCGGCGCCCAACCUCAUCCUCCACAACCUGAAGCGCGUGCAAGCCGGUCUUUCCGGUGAAGUCCUGGGUGCAGAUCUGACCGUCGCCAAGCAGAACCCCGGCGAGGAGUACCUGGAUAUCGCUGCCGGAGCAGUCUCGAACGGUAACCAGAACGAAGGCGAGAAUGAGGAGCAGGUCCUUGACCUCAACAUGGCUGAGGAUGGGUUUGAGACGGAGGCCGGGGCGUUUGAGGAGCAGCAAUCUCUUGAUAAGGAGGAACGCAAGCGCAAGAAGAAGGAGAGACGCCAGGCCGAGAAGAAGGCCAAGGCCAAGAAGGGAAAUGAUUCGGAGGGAGAUGAUGAUGAGUGA